AUGCCAGACCUCACCUUGCAAGAGAUUGAGGAGAAGGUGAUGGCGGCGAAGCCCUGGAAAGCGCCUGGUGAGGAUGGCCUUCCUGCGAUCGUGUGGAAGAAGCUCUGGCACGUGGUCAAGCACCGGGAGCGGAUCUACAAGGCCUGGAGAACGGGCAGAGUGCUCAGCCUCAUCAGCUUUGACGUCAAAGGCGCAUACAACGGAGUGUGCAAAGAGCGAAUGCUCGAAAGGAUGAAAGCCCGAGGCAUCCCGAGUCGACUGGUCAAUUGGAUAGACGCAUUCUGCUCGGGACGGACCGCGUCGGUGGUUGUCAACGGGCACACAUCCGAGCAACAAACCCUGCCGCAGGCCGGCCUACCCCAGGGAUCUCCUCUGUCGCCAGUGGCUUUUCUUUUCUUCAACGCAGACCUGGUACAAAGACGGAUCAAGUCAAACAGAGAUGAGAAGACAUCCUUCAUCCACUUCACACGCAUCGCGGAGCGUGACAGCGACCUGCCUCUCAUCAUCAAAGGAAACGAUGUCAAGCCGAAGAGCAACGUGAAGCUGUUGGGAGUCAUCAUGGACAAAGCGCUUCGCUUCAGGAACACAUCGCCAGAGCGGCCGCCAAGGGCUGGCCGCGGCCAUGUGUUUGAAACGACUGAAGAUGGCUUCGCCACGGAUGGCGAGGCAACUCGAAUCGGAGCCCAGGCUGUCACGGGAGGCUUCCGCACGGUGGCAACGGCAGUGGCCGAGGCCGAGGCCGGCGUGCAAUCGUUCCGAGAACGGCAUGCUCAAGCGGCAGCGAAAUUCUGGAUAAGGAUGAGGACGCUCCCGAAGACGCAUCCUCUGACAUCGUUGAGACUCAAACUGAACAGGAGGUAUGCGUCGCCAAUGCAGAAGCUCGCCUCGGCGAUGGGAAGAAUAGAUACCAAGCGCCUGGAAGUCAUCCACGAGUUCGCACUGGCGCCGUGGGACGAACGAGUGCAGGCAACGUACGAGGCAGACCGAGUGGAGGUGCUGAAGUCGGAUGACCCGGAGGACAUCACUAUUGCGACGUCCAGCUCGCAAAGGAAGGGCAAGGUCGGGUUGGGAGGCGUCGUUCGGGAUGCUUCCCGCGACAGCGCAGACGAAGUGCUGGCCAGCUACUCCGUCACUCUCGGCUCCAGUGAUGAGCAGAAUGCCUACACAGCAGGACUCGAGGCAAUCGCCACGGCCCUGAGUCAUCGGGCGGCCACGGCAACAGUCUGGUCAGUGCACGAUACGGGCGAUAUACGGAUCUGUUGA